AGGACGUCCGCAAGCAACUCAUCAUGCAAUGCCGACAAGCCAGGCUCCUGCCCAACGAUCCCGCGGAAUCGUCCAUCCGCGACCCCUCGCCCAUCCACAUCCUGAAGAGCUUCCUGUGCGGCUUCUCGACGAACACGGCGCGUCUGGUCCCGGACGGCAGCUACCGCACCGUGGUGGGCAACCAGACGGUGGCGAUCCACCCGUCGAGCGUGCUGUUCGGGAAGAAGAUGGAGGCGAUCAUGUAUAAUGAGUUUGUGUUCACGAAUCGGAGUUAUGCGCGGGGCGUGAGUGCGGUGCAGAUGGAUUGGGUGGGUGAGGCGCUGGCGGGGUGAAAUUUUUUUUUUGUGUUGUGAGCUUGUAGAUAUAUGGUUGAUAGACAGUAGAUGCUAGACGGUGG